CGUCACUUCCGUGCGGGGAUCCUGGCCUCAAACGUCGAGCCAGGCAUAUAGAGAUAGGAAAGAAUGGAGGCGUCAUUCCCACCUUAGCACUUGGCGAGUGUAUAAUAGCGCGUGAGGCGCUUCUAAGUGCACAGACUAGCGCUGACUUUGGCUAUUUCUACCAGGCAGGCAAAGAAAAGACGGGCGUAAAAAGUGACCGCCAGGGCCUUCGUUAAAUUUUCCCUCCAAGUAGCUCUAGGGCGCUAGCGCCCUCUCUGCGUCACUUCCUCCGCUGCUUCUCCUUCCGGUGAGGAGGAGAGGGAGGCGGCCAACCUGCUCCCAUCCCGCUUUCAUGUGCCAUGACCGGCCGAGGCACCCCGAGCCGCUUCCUGGCCAGCGUCUUGAGGAACGGGGUGGGCCGCUACGUGGGGCAGCUGCAGCGCCUCACCUUGACGGUCAGCCGGGAUGCGCCGAGCUCGCGGGGCGCCAGGUAGGCUGCUUCCCCCCGCAAAGAGGUGCCGGGGCUCUGGCUUCACCUGAGCGCCCUUUGCUAGUCUCCUCCGUAGAAGGGCUUCGAGCGGGACUUGACUCUUCGGCUCUGGGCAACGCGGACGUUGCAACCUCUCUUGGCAGUCGUGGGCCGUUUUCACCCUGCCCUUCAGCCGAGAGGCUCCCAAAAACGUUCCCCCCCCCCUUGGGUGACGCAGGGGCAUGCAUACCCCUAAACAUUUGUGAAUCUUUGUACAGUACUUUUGCCCACUUACUGUAUUUAUUUUUCCCGAUUUGAACUAUAAAAUGGUGAUUUUCUUGAGUCAAAAUGAGAGUGCUCCUAAACAUUUUUUAAAGAAAAAAAGCACUGUGUAGCAAUAUUGAUUUCUUAUUGACUGACUAAGUAAAACUUUAUAUUGCUCAUUUAUGAUAAAGUAUGGUUCAAUUUAAAAAGAGACAGUCCCUGCCCCCCCCAUUAAAAGGUAAAAUACAUGGUGCAAAAAAAGAAAGAGGGAGGAGGAGGGAAGAGGACUAGCCACUGGAAUACUGUAUUGACUUUCCUAUCUGAGCCAAGGGGGUCACUGAAUUCUUACUUUUUAGGGCCUUGAAAUUCAGUUUGAAGUUUCUAGAUUAGGAUGGGAGGGGGGGAGAAUACAUGUGUGUCAGUUAGUCAGUCAAGUUUAUUGCUUAUUGCCAAAGGCUGCUGCAAUGUAUACAAUGUCAUUCAAUAAAAUAUAUACAGUGGUACCUCGAGUUAAGUACUUAAUUUGUUCCGGAGGUCCGUUCUUAACCUGAAACUGUUCUUAACCUGAAGCACCACUUUAGCUAAUGGGGCCUCCCGCUGCGCCGCCAGAGCAUGAUUUCCGUUCUCAUCCUGAAGCAAAGUUCUUAACCUGAAGCACUAUUUCUGGGUUAGCGGAGUCUGUAACCUGAAGUGUACCCGAGGUACCACUGUACUAGUUUGAUACAAAACUUAAAACAUUUGUAUUGUCAGAACAUGACCUAAUCUGCACAAAACUACAUUAGCUAAAGUGGUGCUAAUUUUUAAAGGGUAGUCCAUUCAUGAGCUCAAUCAGGCAUUUUUUUUGGUAACCUAGUGUUGUCCAUCUGUUGAACUCUGAACCAGUAGCAGAGGAUUCUUUUAUCUAUUUGGCUCUCUAUGCUCAACAUACAAGUUUCCAGCCUAACCAUGGCGGAUUGCACAUCUUUGGGUAGGCCUAAGAGGGCUCUUAAAAAUACAGUGGUACCUUGGGUUACAUAUUGUAAUAAAUGUAGGGGUUGCUCGUGUGCAAGUUGGUGCCACUCCUGGCUAGGUUGCCUUGUUAAACCUUUUCUGUCUGGACAGCCCCUGCACUUCGUGGCUGUUCAGUCGCUAGCAGAAUCCGUCAGUGGGCGUGUCUUAAACCUUUUCCAGCAUAAAAGUUGUUUGACUCCAAGUCUCCUCCUACUCUCCCUGCGCGGAAGUCUUCUGCGCAGGGAGGGCGUGGGUAGCGGAGGACCCGUGCUCUCCUCGCUGAUCUCCAGCGAGGAGUCCUGGAGCCCCCUCGCCGAUUCCCCCAUCUGCCCCCCUUUAUCCCUGGUGUUACGCUGAUUUCCUUCCCCAGCUGGUGAGCCGCCUCUCCACCUGCUGGGCCCUUCUCCAGCAUCGCUUGAGAGCCUAGCCUCCGCCUCUGGCUCCGAUGUCAGUUCCCUGACACAUAUGCUUCAGGUUACAUACGCUUCAGGUUACAGACUCCGCUAACCCAGAAAUAGUGCUUCAGGUUAAGAACUUUGCUUCAGGAUGAGAACAGAAAUCGUGCUCCGGCGGCGCGGAAAGUGGUGCUUCAGGUUAAGAACAGUUUCAGGUUAAGAACGGACCUCUGGAACAAAUUAAGUACUUAACCUGAGGUACCACUGUAAUUCUGUGGGGGUUCCAGACCAGAAACCUUUGAGGUACCCCAAACCUCAGCACCGUAUAAAAUCUGGGCCACUGAUUUUGCUUUAUAGACAGAUAGGGCUGGGUUAACCAGGUUUCCACCUUUACAAGCGGCAAAUUUCAGAAUAGCUUUUGCUGAUUUAAAGCCUUGCAAUUUAAUGUUAGAUAGCUGUAUAUUCCAAGAGGCCGUUUCUGAGUAGACCAGUCCCAAAUAUUGGUUUAUAAUGUGUUCAUCCAGGUGCCAAACAUGCUUUUUAGGGCGCUUCCCAAAUACUAUGACCUGCGUCUUGUCAUAGUUUAUAGAUAAAGCAUUACCCGUGCAAUAUGAACCGUAUUUCACAAGCAGUCGUCUCAGGCCCAUCUGGGUUCUAGAUACAAGUACUAGGUCAUCCGCAUACAUUAAGACUGAAAGUUUUUGGUCGAGGAUUGUAACAGGGGCAAACUGUAGGCCAUCCAGUUCUUUAACCAUGUCAUUAAUAUAAAAGUUAAACAAAAAAAGCGCCAAAAUGCAUCCUUGUUUAACUCCAGUGAUGGUCUUUAUUCUAGUAGUGAGAUGGCUGACCAGCUCUACUUUUACUUGUAUCGAUGUAUCAGUAUAUAAUGUUUUGAUGAGAAAUAAUAAGCAAUGAUCUAUAUUUGCCUUUUCCAAUUUCUGCCACAAUGCAUGUCUAGGGACCGUAUCAAAAGCUGACUUUAGGUUGAUAAAAGCGACAUAGAGUUUUUGCUUCAAAUUAUGGAUGUAUUUACAUAACAAAAAGUUAAUCACAAAACACUGGUCCAAUGUAGGUUUCCCUCUUUGGAAAUCUGCCUGGACUUCCGAUAUCACUUUAUUUGUAUCUGCCCAUUCUUCCUGUCUCCCAAAAAGGAGCCUGACGUAUAGUUUAGAGGCUACAUCUAACAGACUAAUAGGUCUAUAAUUGGCAGGAUUUUUCUUGUCACUCUUUUUAUAUAUUGGAGCAAUUAUACUCAGCUUCCACCCUUCCGGUAUGGUGUUGCAGGAUCUUGUUCAGAAGUCACAUGUGGUAUUGUACAAGAAUACAUGUCUUGUGUUCAGGUUUGUGAUUAUACUAGAGUAGCCACUUGGCUAGGCAGUAGAGAAAGCUAAUAUUCCAUGUAUGGGAGCUUUAGCUUUAUGGCUCAGAAUCAAAAUAGGCAUAUGAGAAAAUUGUGUUUUGUGGAAGAGGGUCUUUGUACAUCAGGCGGCUGGUACAGUGGUACCUCGGGUUACAGACGCUUCAGGUUACAGACUCCACUAACCCAGAAAUAGUACUUUGGGUUAAGAACUUUGCUUCAGGAUGAGAACAGAAAUCGCGCUGCGGCGGCAGCAGGAGGCCCCAUUAGCUAAAGUGGUAUCUCAGGUUAAGAACAGUUUCAGGUUAAGAACAGACCUCCAGAACGAAUUAAAUUCUUAACCCGAGGUACUACUGUAUUCAGGUAGAAAUAUUACUGACUCAUAUUAAUAAAGUAAUGUCCAAGAGCAACAAAGAUUUGACUUGGUUGAUGGCUUUGAAUAUUUUUUUCAUUAUUUUUGGUUGUGAUUCAUUGGCUUAUUCAGAGUGCAUUGGUACCUCAGGGUAAAAUCAGCAAACAUUAAAAUCGCAUAUCCCAGCUGUGUGUUGGGAUAGGCCUGUUGAAAUAAUAUUUUUAGCAGGCAUUUAAAACACUAUAACUAGGGUGCCUGCCUAGUACCGUAUGUUUAUGCUACUAAAAUUUUAAAUAUUUGGGCUAACCGUUUUAGGUGUGUAGGUGGCUGCCAAAAGGGAAUUACCUGUCCUUUCUGUUGGUCUGAAUAAUUUUGUAUAGAAUCACAGAAUAGUAAAUGAAGAGAUAUUUACCUGGCCUGCAGUUUAUGCAGAUUGCGAUGCUGCGCGCUGGGAAUUACUGCAGUUGAAGGCCCCCAAUUGCACAUGGUGGUGGCAGCUUUUCCUGAGCUCUCCUUCAAUUGUUCAUCAGAACAGUUAUUUAAAUACCUCAGUGACUCCUUUCUUUUUUGUUCUAGACAAUACAUUGAAGAAAAGGUGGUGGACUUUGCCAGGCAGAACCCUGGGAUUGUGUUCUACGUUACUCCAAAGCAGUGCAGCGUCCCUACGUUGACUGCUGAAUACAGUAAGUAUAGAAAAUGCAGCUUUGCAUUAGAGCCAUGUUGGCGUUGGCUGUUAUUGGCAUUUCCUGUGAAACUUGCUCCUAAAAAUCAGCGGGGAGGGUGCACCCUGUCUCAACAAGGCUUCUAAGGCAACCCUCAGCAGCAAUUGAUGUGUGCUAUCUGCUGAAAGAAUUACACACCAAGGAGCUGUAAAUCAGGCCUUAGUUUGUAACAUUCAGGAGUAAGAGGGUGGAUGUGUGGAUUUAUUGAGGUUCAUCAAUGAAAAAUCCUUGGGAAUUGGGUAUAAGUGCCCAGAGAAUCUUAUUUCUCCAAACAGACAAAGAAUUGGUCCACAUUUUAUCCACCUAAUUUUCUUUCUAGUGAAUGGAACCGUGAAGGUAGAGUGUUUAACCAGCAAGACAGUGGAUGAGAUUGCAAAGGUCAUCCAGAAGCUGGCAGGCCAGUCUGGCCUGGAGAUCAUCCGUAUCCGAAAGCCUUUCCAUACAGAUAACCCCAGUAUCCAAGGCCAGUGGCACCCUUUCACAAAUAAGCCCAGCAAGCUCAAUGUGGAAGCUGUGGGUCAGCAGCUUCUCCAGCCCCCAGAAAACUAAAUCUACAAUGGUGCAAACCGCCCAGGGCUUUUGUGAGUGGGAAUUUCUUGUAUCCAGGCCAAGAUCAUAAAGCUACGUUGAUAUAAUUCAUCUGGAGGAAGAAUAUCAUCCCUCUCCUGAAGAAAAUGGGCUUUGAAAGGAUUCCAAACUACUAUAUGUUGACAUGGGACAAUCUCCUACCUGAUUUGUUGUGUUUUAUCAGCUAAGUCACAGGCCAGCCCAGGUCAAUGAUGAACAAGGCCUAGAACUGGAUGGGACUGGCUCCUCUUAAAGAGAGUGGCAGACUUUAGAGGUGACUGUUCUCUACACCACCAGCUACUUGUGCUGGUAGCUUGUCUUAUCCAUGUUUUGUGCUGAAUGUUAUCCUCGUCUAAUGCUACUCUUGCUGGAAUUGGAAAUAAAUGGAUGGAACUACCUGUAAGGUUCUCUGAGGGCUUUCUUGCUAAUGAACAUGCCUUGAGUUGCAAAUGCUUAAGUCAGUAGAGGACUAAUUGUGAAUACCUGCCUUCACUGGAAGCUGCGAAGCCAGUGAUCAUUGUUUCCUAAGCCCUGUUCUAGUGUUCAACUCAAGCAUGGGAGGGCUAAAAGUUUGUAGAGGGCCAAGCCUGCAUGUGGCACCUUAACCCAUGGUGUGCCCUGCAUGUCAGGCACUCACUCUCCUUCCUCCCCCUGACUUUUGCAUGUUCAGUACAAAGGUCUGGAGAGGGCUUCUGAUCCCAGUUAUAGAAGAUUUUACACAAACAGGGACCCUGGCUUGUUAGGAUUUUUGGUCUUGGGGAGGCUUCUAGCUAUGCUCAGCUGAACAUGCCUGGAAGUCCUCUUGAGGUUUUUGAGCUCAGUGAGUGAAGGUCUGAAGGGGUCUUUGAAGGUGGUGCUUGCAUUUGUUCAACCUUCCCUCCUGCCUCUACAUACUCAUGAAAAUGCCUGUAGAGGUGGUGCUGAGUUGCUCACCAAGUCUGAGUACCUUGCCCUUGGCUGCUCCAGAUGGAAGGAGGCAAGAUGAUAGAGGUGUUGAUUCCCUACUCUGCUAGCUUUCCUUGGUGCAACAUAGUGAGGUUUGGCUCCUUAUGCCUUCAGAGGUAGCAUCUACACAACUUUAAAAGGAGAGUCAUGUACUGUUCUGCUGGAGUCAGUGUUUCCUGUGCAUACAGUAUAGAAAGGAUUAAUUUGUGCUGAAAUAGUGUUACCUUUGACAUUCAGCCUGUGGAAACACUACCAAACUUCAUUGGCCAGCACAGAAAGAAGUAAUGAGUUAUCCACCCUUCCGUUGAAUUAGCAAAUGUAUAAAAAUCCCCCUAUUCACUGGAAUUUCAUAAGAGUCUAGGCUAGAGGUCUUUUUUGUUGUUGUUCAGAUGUAGUGCCAGAUAUCAUCUUAUUUGGAGAUGCUAGAAAUCAAACAUCAUUUAGCACUGAGCAGCAGUUUGGCUAGGAUAUUGGAGUUGAAACUCUCAUACCUGGUUUCCAAACCAUUCCAAACACAUACACACACACACACACACAGAGAGAGAGAGAGAGAGAGAAGAGAGAGAAUUAAGGGAAGUAGAAAUCAGCUGGAACUUUUCUCUAAACAAGUCGACACACCAUUGUCUACAUUCAGUGGCUGCUUUCCAUUGCCUUUAUACAAGUUGCCCCAUCUCUCCUCCCUUCUAUUAAAUAUAAAUUAAAGAGAACCCUUCCUCCUUGUAAAACGCCUGCCAUCUCUUAAUGGAAAGCACUGAGGAAUCUGAAUCAAUUAAUUAGCAAUGUUAGCAGCAAAAGAAAAAAGGCAUCCAGCAGCUUGGCAGAAGCAACUUCUCAUCUGGUUCCUUUCAGAGAUUUUGUCAUAGAUUAUCAACAUGCGCCAGAUUCUUGGCAGAAGAAACUACAUACGUGAAAUGGGAUUUUUACCUUGGUAUAAGGAUAAGAAUAUGAAGCUGCCUUAAACUGAGUUGGGUCCUUGCUCUGUCUAGCCGAGUUCUGCUAUUGUGAUUGCCAGGGGCUUUUGAGAAUCCCAGACAGAGCUGUUUUCCAGCCCUUCUACCCCCGAUCCAACUGGAGGUGAUCAGGAUUGAACUCAAGCUUCCCUACACACAAAGCAUUUGAUUUGUCAUAGAACUAUGACCUGGCUUCCAUAAAGGCCAUACCACUAAAAAGAAGAGUUUGCCAUCACUUCAGCUCAGUAUAUUAAACUAGCAUUGUAAUAUGGCCCUACAUACGGCCAGGGCAUAUUUUUGAGCAUGUGCUGCCUUUGUUUACAUUCCCUUUGCAGUUUGUUUGCAAAGUAUGGGUUUUUUGCAGCAGUUCAAGGUGUCUUGUCAUUUUCAGCUUCACCGGGUUGUGCAGCGAUGGGAAGGAUAUAACGCUUCUUUGAUAAGCAAGGGGAGGAAGCAACCAGCACCUAACUUUUGCUUCCCAGGUACAUUGUGGACUUUUGUAACAUGCCAGCAAGUGAUACUUCUAUUUUCAGGAACGCCAGUCCAACACAUCUUAAGACUUUGAGUAAAAAUUCCUUUUAUGGCAUUCUGAUCAGUUUGAAUUUUACAUUUCUGUUAAACUGUAUAUCAUUCAGGAGGUUUGAGCUGUGCUCUUAAAUGUUUUAAACAAGAACUUAAAAUGUCAUUUUAGAAGUACUGACGUUUCAUUAACAGGAGUAGAGAUUGGAGCAGGAAAGUGCUUUUAUAGUUUGGCAUGAGCUGCAGUUAAUGAGAAAGCUAGGGCAAAAAGCAGACAGAGCAGCAUGUACCAGGAAUGUUGUUUUGUUGAAAGAACAAAUUCUUUUUGCACUUAAUGGGUUGGUUCUAGACAUUCCCUUCCAUGAAUGUCUUCUAUUAAUGGAUGAAAUUUGGAUCCAGUGGAGCAUUUCCCAUGCUGUUCUGGGGGGAUCCCUCAAACCUCUAGAACAGAUUAUGAGGGAGGGCGCAGUUAGUAAAAACUGCCUCCCCACCUGCUUUCUCCAGUGCAAGCAGAAUUCCACUGAGCGCAAGAUUGAACCCAACCUAUAUUCUUCAUAUGCCAUAUUUUCAGUCUUCAUAAGAUGUAUGGCAGUGGCAGGUCUCUGAACUACCAGCAAAAAGAAACUGCUUGAAAUGGAUGAAAAUAACUCCUGGAUUUCCAUUUCUGUUGCAUUACACUAGUAGAUACAGCUUGCAUCUGCAAACAUAUUUUUAUGUUGUGAACCACCCUGUGAUCUUUGGGUGAAGGGCAGUACACAUAAACACACACACACACACACAUAAACAUAUAUGCACGUUCCGUAUGCAGGUUUAGUUAUCAGGUAGUCCUACACUGUUCAAUGGGACUUAUUUCCAGGAUUACAUCAGUAUUCAAGAUUCUGAACAGCAACCUCCUAAUCUGUCUGGUGUAUUGUCCCAGUGAUCAAUAAAUUCCUGGCUUGCUUCCUU